AUGACCUCCAACAAAAUCACCUUCUGUCUCAACUGGACUCCUGAGCCGUACCACAUCCCUGUGUUCCUUGCCCAGAGCAUGGGCUAUUUCAAGGAACAAGGCCUAGAUGUGGCCAUUCUCGAGCCCUCGAACCCUUCGGACGUGACCGAGCUGAUCGGCUCGGGCAAGGUCGACAUGGGCCUCAAGGCGAUGAUCCACACGCUCGCCGCCAAGGCCCGCGGCUGGAACGUCACUUCGAUCGGGUCGCUUCUGGACGAGCCGUUCACCGGAGUGCUGUAUCUCAAGAACAAGCCCAACGGCGUCACUGACGACUUCCAGUCGCUCAGAGGCAAGAGAAUCGGGUACGUGGGCGAGUUCGGCAAGAUCCAGAUCGACGAGCUGACCCGCCACUACGGCAUGACUCCAGACGACUACACCGCGGUCCGCUGCGGCAUGAACGUCGCCAAGGAGAUCAUCGAGGGCAACAUCGACGCCGGCAUCGGCAUCGAGUGUGUGCAGCAGGUCGAGCUGGAGGAGCAUCUCAGGGCAGAAGGCAGCGACGUGAACAACGUUGGCAUGCUCAGAAUCGACAGGCUGGCCGAGCUCGGCUGCUGCUGUUUCUGCACUGUCCUGUACAUUGCCAACGACAAGUUCAUCGAGGCCAACCCUGACAAGGUCAGAAAGUUCAUGAAGGCCAUCAAGAAGGCCACCGACUACGUCAUUGCCCAUCCUCUCGAUGCGUUUGAGCAGCUAUGCAGACUCAAGCCGCAGCUGAACAACGACCUGAACACCAAGAUCUUUGAGAGAUGUUUCGCCUAUCUGAGCGACUCCUGCUACAACGUCAAGCGGGACUGGCAGAAGGUCAACAACUACGGCAAGAGACUAUUGGUGCUUCCACCAGACUUCCAACCAAACUACACCAACGAGUUCCUUUCCUGGGACGAGCCUCGGGAGGUCAAUGACCCUGAGGAGGCCCAGAGAUUGAUGGGUAUCCAUCAGGAACAGUGCAAAUGCAACGGUGGCUACCGUAGACUGGUUCUCAACGGUGUCUAG